AUGCCGCUAAUAUACCGCCGAAUUAGCGUUAAAAGUUCAGCGGUCGGGAGAAAGUUUAGUCAGACUAUAAAAAAAUUGGUUGAUGCUGGAUUAGGCAUGGAUCAAAUCACGUUCAUCGGAUUCUCGCUAGGAGCUUCUUUAAUGGGCUUCUCGGGUAACGAAUACGAGAGAGAAACUGGUACAAAAUAUUCCCGUAUUAUAGGCUGCGACCCGGCCGGUCCAUUUUUCGAUGGCAUUAUAUCGCUACCCAGUCUAGAUGCUCUAGAUGCCGAUUUCGUCAUGAGUAUGCAUACGAACCCUAAAAGGUUGGGCACGGAUGAGAAGAAAUCCACUAUGGACGUGUCGGCGAAUUGCGGGAAUCCUGUACAACCUGGCUGCGAGACUGCCGGUGGUGGCCUUGGAAUCAGAACACCUGAAAAUAUGUGCAGCCAUAACCUCUCCUGGAAACUCCUCAGUGAAGGUUGGCUGAUGCCGGAUACCUUAAUAGUACGACCUGCCACGAGUUGUGACGUCUGGCAGAAUCAAGGGGGUGGUAAUACAACAGCGUCUGUAGUAUUCAAUAUAGACACAAGUUUGCGUGGACAAUUCUUCUUCGCAACCAACAAUUCGCCUCCUUAUGGAAGAGGAGAGUCUGGAUCAAAUCCUAACUAA